UUGUUGGGUCCAGAUUGCUGGUUUUGCCACUUCUCAGCUGUGUGACAUGGGCAAAUUACAUAACCUUUCUGAGCUUCUGAGCUUUACCCUCUGUCAAACACGGCUAGUGAUGAUACCUGCCUCAUGGCUUUGUGUUAAUGCAGCUGAGGCACUUCGCAAGGACUGGUACUCCUAGAGCUUAAUAAACAAUAUUCUCUAUUAUAGUUCUCAUUUUCCUUGCUGAUUUGCAUACAGAAAAGGCUGUUGACUACAGACAGAUAAAAGAAUUAUCAAGCAACUGAGAUCACUAAUUGCUAAAAUUAAUGGAAAGCUAUACUUCGAUCAACAUUUAGGUCUCCCAACAACUGUGUAAAGGAGGUUUCCAUUUUUUGUUUUUAAUCUCUAACAGAUGAGACUAAGCUCAGAUCAGUGAAGUAGAGUGCCCAAGGGAUAGCAACCAAUAAAUGGAUGCAGAAUUUAAAUCCACGUUUAUUUGAUUUAAGAGAUCUUUCUUUCAAUUACCGAACCCCCAUCUUCCAUCUUGGGGACCACUGAUUUUGUGGUAGCUUUGCGAUAACUAGCAGAAAGUCACACAUAAUCAGUGUUGAAUGGGAGUUUACCUGACUACAGAAAAGCCUUUCGUGUCCUGUGCUGCAUCCUGUUCCUGUAAAUGCAGAGAAGCUCAUCGUGAAGACAGGGCUGUAGCCUGGACAAGAGAAGACAGGAUAAGGGGAAAUGGCAAAAUGCUUAAUGUGAAUCUUUCAGUCAGGAAUGAUGGAAAGGUUUUUUGCACCUGGGCGGCCUCCGCACUGCCUUGUACAACUAUAUCUUUGCCAAGAAGCACCAGGGGAGUUUCAUCCUUAGGCUGGAGGACACGGAUCAGACCCGCCUUGUGCCUGGGGCAGCGGAGAAUAUUGAGGACAUGCUGGAGUGGGCAGGCAUCCCGCCUGAUGAGAGUCCCCGCCGGGGAGGUCCUGCUGGGCCCUACCAGCAGUCCCAGCGUCUCGAGCUCUACGCCCAGGCCACAGAAGCGCUGCUGGAGUCUGGCGCCGCUUACCCCUGCUUCUGUUCACCGCAGCGGCUGGAGCUCCUGAAGAAGGAGGCCCUAAGGAACCACCAGACGCCCCGGUAUGACAACAGGUGCCGGAACCUGAGCCAGGGGCAGGUGGCCCAGAAGCUAGCCCAAGGCCCCAGACCUGCGAUCCGCUUCCGCCUGGAGGGGGAAGCGCCAGCCUUCCAGGACCUGGUGUAUGGCUGGAAUCGGCAUGAGGUGGCACAUGUGGAGGGGGACCCAGUCAUCCUGAAAAGCGAUGGCUUCCCCACGUAUCACCUGGCCUGCGUGGUGGACGACCAUCACAUGGGCAUCAGCCACGUGCUGCGUGGGUCCGAGUGGCUGGUCUCCACCUCCAAGCAUCUGCUUCUCUACCAGGCCCUGGGCUGGCAGCCUCCUCGCUUUGCCCACCUGCCCCUGCUGCUCAACAGGGAUGGCAGCAAGCUGUCCAAGAGGCAGGGGGACAUUUUCCUGGAGCAUUUUGCGGCUGCCAACUUCCUGCCAGAUGCCUUGCUUGAUAUCAUCACCAACUGUGGCUCGGGGUUUGCAGAGAACCAGAUGGGCAGGACCUUGCCGGAGUUGAUAACACAGUUUGACCUGACCCGAGUCACCUGCCACUCAGCCCUGUUGGACCUGGAGAAGCUUCCAGAAUUCAACAGGCUGCAUCUCUGUCGGCUGGUGAGCAGCGAGACCCAGAGGCACCAGCUGGUGGGGAAGCUGCAGGCCCUGGUGGAGGAGACGUUCGGGAACCAGAUUCAAGACAGGGAGGUCCUGGCCCCAGCCUACGUGGAAAGGAUCAUCCUGCUGAGACAGGGUCACAUUUGCCGCCUGCAGGAUCUGGUCUCGCCAGCACACUCCUACCUGUGGACUCGCCCUGCAGUGGGCCGAGCACAGCUGGGCCCCCUCUCAGAGAAGGUGGAUGUGAUUGCCAAGCGUGUGCUAGGGCUUUUAGAAGGACCCGAUACAAGCUUUACUCAGGACACGCUGAAUAGCAAACUGAAGAAGGUAUCUGAAGGCCUGGAAGGGACCAAACACAGUACUGUGAUGCGGGUCCUCCGAGUGGCCCUCAGUGGACAGCUGCAAGGACCGCCUGUAGCUGAGAUGAUGGUGUCCUUGGGAGUGAGGGAAGUGCGGGAGCGACUACAAAAGGUGCUUUCCAGCUAGAGAGAAGAUGUGCAGGAGAGUGGAGACGGCCCUAGGAACCUGGGCGGGCCUGGAAGCCGCCUUCAGAGGGAAGCUUGUGAAAGGAACCCCGAGUGGAAACAGUCUCCAAGUGCACACGCUGCUUUUAUGGCUUCUUCUCAUCUCAUAUCUGGUUUGGACAGCACAUUACAUGGCACCGGUUAGGGGCUGGUUCACAGUUGUCUCAGGCUGCCAGACAAGUGGCUUAAACAACAGAAAAUGGUUUUCUCACAGUUCUGGAGUCUGGAAGUCCAAGGUCAAGGUGUCAGCAGGUGGGGCUUCCCAGAAGUCUCUCUCCUUGGCUUGCCCACGGCCACCUCUCUGUGUCCUCACGGGGACUCUCUGGGUGUUCACAUCUCCUCUUAAAGGGACAUGGGUCAAGUUGGAGUGAGGCCCAUCCUGAUGGCCUAGCUGUAACUUAACCACAACUUUAGGGGUCCUGUCUCCACAUCCAAUCAUGUCCUGAGGUCCUGGGGGUUAGGACGUCAGCAU